CAGAGGCUAUCGUAAGGAAUUACAAGAAUCAGAUCUUCCCUCACCACUUGUUGAGCACUCAUCGCAUUUAAUUAGUGAAAAAGUGGCAAAAUUUUGGAACAAUGAGAAAAUUAAGUUGAAGAAAAAAGGAAAAAAUGGCCCAAUUUUGUUUAAAGUGCUUGUUAAUUGUUUUUUGCCACAAUUUUUAUUUUGGACAUUUAUUCAAAUUUUGAAAGAAUUCGUAGUAAAAAUAUCAAAGCCAAUUAUUCUUGGCAAUGUUUUAAGUUAUUUUAAUGGAAAAAAUGAAGUUUCCGGAAAUGACAUUUAUUUUUGGAUAGCUGGACUUGUUUUCAAUCUUUUGUUACAAGCAUUUUUUGAAACGCAAAUUUGGAGUAAUAUGCUGUAUUUAGAGAUAAAAAUAAGAGUCGCAUGCUCGUCAUUAAUUUAUAAUAAAGUUUUGAAACUUUCAAAAACUGCCUUCGAAUCUGAAACAACAGUUGGACAGAUUAUUAAUCAUUUGAAUAAUGAUACAAAAUGCAUUACUGAGGUGCUUGCCUGUAUUAAUUAUAUAUGGAUUGGUCCAGUUCAAACUCUAUUAAUUGCAUAUUUAAUUUACAAAAAUAUUAGUCUCACUGCUGUAGCGGGAAUUAUCGUUUUUUUCAUUACAAUUCCAAUACAAGGAUAUUUAGCAAAAAUUGUACCGCGUCUCUCUCUAAAAGCAGCUGCAGAAACAGAUAAAAGACUUUCAUUGACAAAUGAAACUGUAAGCGGAAUACAAAUAAUUAAAAUGUUUGCCUGGGAAAAAUCUUUCCUCACUCUUGUUGACAUCGUAAGAGCGAAAGAAAUGACGGAAAUAACAAAGAUAAUGUUGGCAAAAUUUGCAGCAAUAUCGUGUUAUAUUUUUAAUUCAAGAAUCUCACUUUUUGUUAGUUUAGUGUUUUGCGUUUUAUUUGACAAAAAUUUAUCAGCCGAGAGCGUAUUUAUUCUCACAAUGUAUUUUGAUACAAUUCAAAAUAAUAUGAAUGCAAUGUUUCCAUUUGGACUACAACGAGGAGGCAUGUGGUUGGCGUCAAUGAAGAGAAUACAAAAAUUUCUCGAACAAAAGGAGACUCAACAUUUUCACAAUGUAACUGAAAGUAAUCAUCAUCAUCAAGAAAAUUCCGGAGAAAGCGUCAGAUUACAAAACGUAUCAGCAAGAUGGUCAUCAAAAAAUAUUGAUAACACCCUGGAGAAUAUAAAUUUUUCAGCAAAAUUUAACAGUCUUGUUGCAAUUGUUGGACAAGUUGGUUCAGGUAAAACAAGUUUGCUUCAAGUAAUUCUUCAAGAGCUACCAGUAAUGAAGGGAAUCGUCAAAACCGUCGGUCAAAUUGCCUACGUUAGUCAAGAUCCAUGGAUUUUUUCCUCAAGCAUAAGGCAAAAUAUCAUCUUUGCCAAACCAAUGGACAAGCAACGUUAUGAAAAUGUAAUUAAAGUUUGCCAAUUGGAAAGAGAUUUUGCCCUAUUUCCCCAUAAGGAUCAGACAAUUGUCGGUGAAAAAGGAAUCAAUUUAAGUGGUGGUCAACGUGCAAGAAUUGCCCUAGCUCGAGCAGUUUACGCUGAUGCCGAUAUCUACCUUCUAGAUGAUCCCCUAUCAGCUGUUGAUGCCCGAGUUGGAAGACUCAUCUUCAACGAUUGUAUUCGCAGUUUUCUUAAGAACAAAACCUGCAUUCUUGUAACUCAUCAGCUUCAGUAUUUGAAUCAAGUUGAUUAUAUCUAUGUCCUUGAGAAUGGUCACAUUCAGGAGGAAGGCACCAGUAAUGAUUUACAAUCAGGAAAAAUCACCUUAAAUAGAUUCCAAAUUUCUCAAGAGGAAGAAGACAUUCAACCAUUGGAAAUUAAUUAUCAAGAAUUUUCAUCCGAUCAACAGGAAGAGGAAGUUGCCGAACAUCGAACAAUUGGCAAAGUUUCAAAAACAUCCUACAUCUCCUAUUUUAAAGCCAGUCAAUCCACAUGUCUUGUGAUUAUUGUUUUUCUUUUGGCAAUAUUUCGACAAAUCAUCAGUUCAAGUGGUGAUUUUUAUAUUGCCCGUUGGGCUGAAGCACAACAAUCAUGUUCAGACGAUACAACAAGAUUUAUUUGCAGUGCAUCAUUUAGUGACAAUAUUCCAUACAUUAGCAUUUAUGGAGGAUUAACACUGCUACUUAUCAUCCUCGUUUACAGUUAUAUUUUUACUUUUGCUAAAAUGUGCAAAAGAUCAUCGCAAAAGAUGCAUUUUAAUCUUUUUGAAAGAAUUGUACGAGCUAGAAUGGGAUUCUUUUAUGAUCAUUCAUCGGGCAGGAUAUUAAAUCGAUUCUCCAAAGAUAUUGGAGUGAUUGAUAAGGAACUACCGGUUCGUUUGUAUUUUACAAAAAUUUCCUGGAUGCAAGUAUUGGUGAUUAUUGGAAUGACAAUUAUUCUUAAUUACUGGCUGGUGAUACCGACAAUUAUUGCCGGUUUUGUCAUGUAUCUGAUUUUGCAUGUCUACAUCAGGACGAGUAGAAAUAUCAAACGUCUAGAUGGAAUUACUCAAUCGCCCGUCAUCCGUCAUCUUUCAGACACACUCCAAGGUUUAGAAUCCGUACGAGCCUUUGGCGCUGAGGAUCUUCUUAUCAAAGAAUUCCAAAAACAUCUAGAUCUCAAUACUUCCAGUUCAUCAAUAUUUCUCGGUUGUGCACAAUGUCUUCAGCUCUAUGUUGAAUUGGUCUUUGGUAUUUACAUUGCAGCGGUUGCAUACAUUUUUCUCCUAAUGAAUAAUGAGAGUACAAUUGCAAAUGUUGGUUUAAUAAUUACACAAAUUAUUAUUCUUGCCGAUACAAUCGCAUGGUCAAUAUUUAAUACAACAGAAACGGAAACACUAAUGACAUCAGUUGAACGAAUAUUGGAGUACAGUAAUAUUGAACAAGAACCACCAUUGGAGAGUGCUGAAGGUUGCAAACCAUGUGAUGGAUGGCCCAAAAAAGGUUGUGUUGAAUUUAAAAAUGUUUCAUUACGCUAUCAUGUGAAUGGAAAGAAUGUUUUGGAGAAUUUAAAUUUUUCACUGAGAGCAGAGGAGAAAAUUGGUAUUGUUGGACGAACUGGAGCUGGAAAAUCGUCAUUAAUUGCUGCGCUAUUUCAAAUGUCACCAGUUGAAGGUGAAAUUUUUAUCGAUGGUGUGGCAAGUAGUUGUUUAGGAUUACAUGAUUUGAGAUCGAAAAUUAGUAUUAUUCCCCAACAACCAUUAUUGUUUGCCGGUACAUUGAGGAGAAAUUUAGAUCCAUUUGAUGAAUAUUCGGAUGAUAUUCUUUGGCAAGCAUUGGAAGAAGUUGAAUUAAAAACAACAAUUACUGGUUCAAGUGGUAAUGGUUUAAAUAGUUAUGUAUCGGAUGGUGGUUCAAAUUUUAGUAUGGGUCAACGACAAUUAUUAUGUUUGGCACGUGCAAUUGUGAGAAAUAAUAAAAUUCUCAUUCUCGAUGAGGCAACGGCGAAUGUUGAUUUGGAAACUGAUUUUCUAAUUCAAUCAACAAUAAGAAGAAGAUUUGAAAAUUGUACAGUAUUAAUUAUUGCACAUCGUCUAAAUACCAUUAUGGAUUGUGAUAGAAUUAUGGUUUUAGAUGCUGGAAAAAUUGUGGAAUUCGACUCACCAUCAAUAUUAAUGGGCAAUGAGGAUGGAUUAUUUUUCGACAUGGUACAACAAACGGGACAUGAAAAUGCCAACAAUCUAAAAGCAAUGAUGGGUGGUACUAAAUUAUAAAUAAAAUAAUAAUAAUAAUUAACACUUAUUUAUAUUUAUAUUCUAUUUUUUACUUGUAAAUUAUUAUUUUUUUAUAAUUAAAUUUUUUUUUGUAUUUAUCAUUUUUAUAUUUAUUUUUCAAAUAAAUUUUGACUUAC